CAAUAUGUACAAAAUCCAAGUGAAUACUCUUUAAUCUGUAUUAUAUGAUAUAAGACUUUAUUGGUUAUAAAGUACUUGCAAAUAAUUUGUAAGUGAGUGGAAAUGAAACUUUAUACAUAUUUAUUUUUAAAGCAGUAAAUAAUAUGUCUCGGCGUAUACCUAUUAAAUCGGGCGUAAAAGUGAGGAACAAGCCAGUUUUUCACCUUCAAGACAAGCAAGCUGAUGAGAAGGAACUGUCUAUAGGUUUGAUUAAAUCAGCAAAGCGCACAGGCCAGCUCAGUUUAUGUAAUAGGGGACUAGGCACUGUCCCUGAUAAUGUAUGGAAAAUUGAUGAAUUGUCAUUGGAUGAUACCAAAGAAGUGGAUUUUACAAGGUCAGACACGAAUAACUGGUGGAAUUCCGAACCGUUGAAGACCCUUGACCUCAGUUCGAAUGUAAUUAACACCAUAUCCCCUGAUAUCAAGUACUUGCAGGCGCUUGUUACGUUGAAGCUUCAUGAUAACGCUUUAGCAAGCCUGCCUGCUGAGAUAGGUGAACUGCAAAGUCUGGCCAAUCUGAGUCUAGAUCAUAACCGACUGCAGACUUUGCCCAAAGAGUUCUACAAGCUGACAGAGUUGAGGUGGCUCAGCAUAUCUCAUAAUGAACUUAUAAGCAUUGAACCAGAUUUUGGAGACCUGGUCAUGCUAACAUUCUUGGACCUAUCCCAUAAUAAACUGCAAGCAUUGCCCCCCGGCAUGGGCUACCUGGUGCGACUUGUGGAGCUGAACCUGUCACAUAACUCCCUGGAGGAGUUGCCACCAGAUAUUGUCAACCUCAGAGAUUUAAAGAAGUUGAACAUAAGCAACAACAAUUUAGUUGCACUUCCACCUUUGGGUGAGCUCAGAAAGAUGGAGAUUUUGGACGUCAACCACAACAACAUAGAGGAACUGCCCGACUUCUACGGCUGCACUGCUCUCAAGGAAAUAUACAUGGCCAACAAUUACAUUAAGAAAAUAACGGAGGAGUUCUGCGACCAAAUGCAGCACCUCAACGUCCUCAACCUGCGGGACAAUAAGGUGGAGAUACUACCGGAGAACAUCUCGCUCCUGCAGAAACUGAAACGAUUCGACAUAAGCAACAACAACCUGAACAAGCUACCAAAGAACCUGGGUCUGCUCUCCCAGCUCCAGAGUAUCAGUAUGGAGGGAAACCGGCUGUCGAGCGUGCGGCAGGACGUGAUCCGAGGCGGCACCGACCGCAUGAUGAAAUACCUGAGGGACCGCAUGUGCGAGGACGAGGAGGACACCAGGUGUAAGGAGGAGUGGCCCGAUAAGUACACGAUGCGCAAGAGCAACUCGCUACUGCUGGUGUCCCGUGAGCUGACCGCCGUUCCGGACGAGGUAUUCCGAGCCGCCGCCGCCGCUGAAGUACACAUCGUAGACCUGUCGAAGAACAAGCUUGUGGCUGUGCCGCCAGGUGUAUGGAGCCUAAGCGAGACUCUCUCCCAGCUGGUCCUGUCGUGGAACAGCAUAGAGCGUGUACCGGGCGAGCUGGCCGACUGCCGACAUCUGCAAUUCCUAGACGUCAGCAGGAACUGCCUGGAUGACCUGCCUCCGGAGCUCGGACGACUGAAGACCUUGAGGGAGCUCGUCAUAUCUAAUAACAGGAUGACGAAGAUACCGCGGUGCGUGUACGACAUGGAGAACCUGGAGAUACUGCUGGCGGCUGAGAACAGGAUAACGGAGAUCAACGUGUCGUCCGACUCCCUCGCGCGGCUCAGGAGGCUCGCCGUGCUUGAUCUCACCAACAAUAGUAUUGCCACUGUGUUGCCCGAGCUCGGCAACUUCACGCAUUUGCGAUCCCUGGAGUUGAUGGGCAACUGUUUCCGUCAGCCGCGGCAUGCGAUCCUAGCGAAAGGAACUGCGAGCCUGCUGUCCUACCUGCGAGACCGUAUACCCACCAACUGAGAACCUAGAGUACCUGAGUAACAGGUACCGAGUAUUCUAUAAUAUGAAAUUUAUUUACCCCAAGUAUGUAUAAAACUGUUCAACUUAACACAACAGCGCCCCUAGCCCUACCCCUACUUGGGGUACUUAAUACUAAAUCUAUAAAAAAACAAUUGGGUACCUACGGCAUAUACGAUAUUGACAUUUGUUACGACAAAAAUAUUCUAUAACACAGUAGGUAGUGUAUUAGAAAUAAUAUUAAGAUAAAAUAUUUAAGUGUUUUGCAACAACUACGAGUGUGAGACAAGACAAAAGUGUGACCAAUGUCUAGAUAAUAGUAUGGAAUAUCGUAUCCAUAUCUUCAUUAUGAUAGACAUAAUUUGCCGGUAGGCAGAAAAGUCUGUGUCGGUCAUAUUUUAGUCGAUUUUUAGAUGUGAAAAAAGGUAUUUCAUUAUAUAUUAUUUAAGUGUUUAUAAAUCAUAAUCGAUAUUAUGAAAUUGAUGUUUCGAAAGACAUGAUUUUUCCUUAUUUUUAUUUAAACUAUAAUUUACAAUGUGUUACCAUAUUAUAUUAUGCACCCUAUAUUAAGCAAACGCUAUACACGUUUGACUCUGCCAAAUAUUGCCAGCUACAAUAAGCCCGCUUCCGUGCCAUGUCAAAUAU